UAUGUAACAUAUCAAGGUUACUGGCAACUUGACAAGGACCGACAGUGAAGAAUAUCAAUAAGCCGGCGCAUUAUAUUGUGAUAACGCUAUAUAUAUAUUUUUUUAUAUAAUUAUAGUAGAUAGGAGCCUUAUCUUCGUUAAGUGUAAUAUAAUACAUCCAGUCUGUAUCUGAGCCACCACAAGCUUUGCGUUGACCAUUGUUUAAGUACUGUAUACUAUAUUAUUGUAUCCCGCUUUGGCCACCGCGGUCAUCCUUCACCAGCAGCCCUCGUCUUGUAGCAUUGUAAUAGUAGUAUGUAAUUACUUUCUGUUGGUAAUUUUUAUUUUCUAUGUUUUUCUAUAUAUUUUUGGCUUGCUUUAGGGGUAUUUGUCCAAAAUCACUACAAACACACUUCUAAUUUCUUUAUGUGUCUCAUUGGUUAGGUUUGAUUAGGUUGGGUUUACUUAGGUUUGACUAGAUUUAGUUAGGUUAUUGUGCUAGCAGCAAGAACAAGGACAAGAACAUGGCAGCCAUCACAGGAACGGCAGUAGUAGUGCACCAUCCUAUUUAUGUUUCGUGAUAAAGGAAAAUCAGCUUCAGCAAUGGUUUCCCCUCCUCACAAAGUGCGAGUGUGUGUGAUUGGUGCAGGAAUAGCAGGACUUGGUGCUGCUCAGCGACUUGUUGAGGCCGGUGUACAAGAUUUUGUCUUGUUAGAAGCUGCAGACAGAAUUGGAGGGAGAGUUUGUACAAUCAAGCAUGGUGAUGGUCACUUAGAAGUGGGAGCUCACUGGAUUCAUGGGCAAGAAGAUAAUGUUGUGUUUCAAUGGGGCUCUGAAAAUGGGCUCACAUCUGAAGAGUUCUCAUGGACUCAGACAGCUCGGGGAAACACGAUAAAGGUGAGGCGUGAUGGCACAAUUGUUUCUGAAGAUGUUUUCGAUGAAUUUUCAAAAGCUUUUGAAAAACUUGAAGAGGCUUCAAAAAAUGACUUUGCCAACUACCUAGGUUCUGUUGGACGAUAUUUCACUGGGAAAUUUAAGACAGUAAACAAAUGGGGAGCUUUAGGAGAUGAACUUCUGGACUGGGAGGGUCGGUUCGCUAGUGUUAUCAAUGGUUCACAUGACUGGUUCCAAGUCUCGGCUAAAGGCUUACUCCAGUAUAAAGAGUGUGCUGGUAAUCCUGUUGUUAAUUGGAAGGAGAGGGGCUACCUAAAUCUUACUGACCAUCUCAUGGAAAAGAUUCCUCCUUCCUGCUUAAAAUUAAGUUCUCCUGUGAAAAACAUAGAAUGGGGAGAUAAAGUUUUGCCUUCAGGAGCAGGUUGCAAGAUUACCCUUACAUCUGGUGCUGUCAUUGAGGCUGACCAUGUUAUCUUCACUCCAUCCAUUGGAGUCUUGAAAGAAGUUGCAAAUGAGAUGUUCACACCUCCUUUGUCCACUAAGAAGUUGAAUGUUAUUGAGGGACUGGACAUUAAUGUGGUAAACAAGAUAUAUAUUGAGUUUCCUCAACGAUGGUGGAGUGAAGACUGUGAUGGGUUCACUUUCUUGCCAAGUGGUGAGGAGAAACAUACGGAAAUAACUAAAGAGAAUUGGGAAUUGAGCCUCCUUGGAUUUUACUCAACAUAUCGGCAUCCUACUAUGAUGUGUGGGUGGAUAACAGGCACAGGCGCCCUGAUGAUGGAAGAAGUCCCUGAGGAAGAGGUGGCACAACGCUGCACAGCUUUUCUGAAGAAGAUGUUGCCAUCCAAGUACCAGGUUCCUGAUGCUGUCUUCUGCAAGAGAUCAACAUGGGGGACGAAUCAGUGGUCCAGAGGCGCUUACAGCUUUCGUGGACUGAAGACUCAAACUAUGGGAGUGUGUGCAGCUGAUCUAGCUGAACCUCUCCUUGACUCAGAAGAAAACAUUCCUCUUGUUUGUUUUGCUGGAGAAGCCACUCAUGAUUGCUAUUACUCAACGGUUCAUGGAGCGCUGGAGACUGGCUGGAGGGAAGCUGACCGGCUGACUAAAUUCUUCAACAGCGUCCUGAAGCGUGAUGUGCUGGCAAGAGUGAAGGGCCGUGAGAAAUACACUGUAGUCAUCGUGGGGGCAGGAGUGGCUGGGAUUGGGGCAGCACGAGAGUUGAAGGCUCAAGGCAUCAACUCUGUGGUUAUACUUGAAGCAAGUGAUCGCAUUGGAGGACGGAUACAUACAGUAGAAGGGCCGGAUGGAGGCACACUAGAUUUGGGAGCUCAGUGGAUACAUGGUGAAAUUGGAAAUGUGCUGUAUCAGUUUGCAAAAUCAAAAAAUCUUCUGCACCACCAUCUGUCAGUUGAUGGUGAAGGUAUUUAUCUCAUGGAAGGUGGGAAAAAAAUUGAUGAAGGAAUUGUAAAGGAAGUGUUUGAAAUAACACAAGAAGCCGACAGAGAGUGUAGUAGAUUAAUACACUGGAAGAAUAUCAGAACCUCAACACCUCCUUCCGUUGGUGAUGUGUUCAGAAAACAGUUUUUGGACUAUUUGGAAAAGUCCACCAGUGACACACCAGAGACAAAAAGAAUCAAGAAAGCAUUAUUUUCUUGGGCACUAAGGUGGUACAGUAUAGACAACGCCUGUGACUCUCUCCAUCAGAUGUCCUCCAUUUGUUGGGGCUCUUUCAUUUUCUGUGAUGGAAAUGAUAAUAUGAACCCUAAGAAUGGUUACCUCUCCAUAUUGGAGGCUCUCCUAGCAGAGGCUGGUGCUGAUGUAAAGCUUAACAGUGAAGUUGAAUGCAUUGAGUAUGCAUCUGAAGUGAUGGCCAGCAGAACUUCUUUUCUGCAGCCCGAUGGUGUGACCUUCCCUGUCAUUAUUCAUUGCAGAGAUGGGAAAGAAUAUGAAGCUCAGCAUGUUAUGGUAACACCUUCUAUAGGAUACCUAAAGAAGAAUUUAAACAUGUUUUCACCUCCACUACCCGCAAAACUUCGAAAUGCCAUCAUGUCCAGAGGCUUUGGUACCUUGGGCAAGAUAUUCCUUGAGUAUCAGGAUGCAUGGUGGUGGGAAGGUUGUGAGGGAAUACAGUUGGUGUGGACAAAAGACAUUGUUGACUCUAAAGACACAACCUCUGCUGAUGGUUCUGUUCAUGGAGAGCAACAGCAAACAGGUGACUGGUGGGUGAAGGGCAUCUCAGGCUUUGAUCCAGUGUUUAAUCAUAGGGCUGUGCUGUGUGGUUGGAUAGGUGGACGUGAGGCAGAGCACAUGGAGACUCUCAGUGAAGCAGAAAUUGGUCAAGCCUGCACCAGAGUGCUCAGGUUAUUCCUGGGCCAACAGGACAUACCAUUUCCCAAGAAGGUCUACAAAUCACAGUGGGCAACAAAUCGCUUGUUUGAAGGCUCAUACAGCUACCAUGACAGCAGCUGCAAUUGCUGGUCUGGAAAAAAAUAUGAAAGUCACCUUGACACUCCUGUUUUAGCAGUUGACAGUAUUGGAAAUAAGAUUCCAAUGUUGGUGCUGGCUGGGGAGGCUGUCAGUGUUCAACAGUAUUCCACUGCCCAUGGUGCUCUCCAGAGUGGCAUAGAACAGGCGACUCACUUUGUCAAUGCCCAGAAAAGUCUUGGUGCAAACAGGAAACUCUGGAGUAAGAUUUAAGGUGUCGGCAGACUCAAUUUUUCCAGUCUCUGCUCAUAAGACGGAUUCACCAAGGUUUGGGGCAGCUUUGUCGCAGCCCUCUGCACACGUUCCAGCUUCCUCUUAUCCCUUGCCAUUCUUGGAGACCAAAGUACUGCUGCAUACUCCAACCUGGGUCUAAUCAUUGUAACAAUCAACUUCUUGAUCAUCUCUUCAUCCAUGUAGCAGAAUGCAGUUCUUAUGUUCCUUACUAAAUUGUACGCUUCACCAGAUUUCCUCUUUACAUGAACCUCUGAUAAGAGCCCCUCCUUCACAGUUAUUCCCAGAUCUCUCUCUUCAGUCUUUAUUUCCAAUUCCUCAUCCCCCAUCUUAUAUCUGUGUGUGUGUGUGUGUGUGUGUGUGUGUGCGUGCAUAUGCUAAAACAAUGGCUGUGAGCUGGGGAACCCUGUGUAAUUUAGUAAUUUUGUGUUAUGAUUUCUUCUUGUUUUCUUAUGUACAGUAGGUAAUAUGUCUUAGUUUGAAUAGAUAAUUAUGAUUUAGGAUGGAAACAUUAAAAAGUUAGGUUGGGUUUUCUCAAAAGAGUUGUAUGUUGUCCUACCAUUCAGUACACUGUUGAUGUAAUCACUCUUUAGGUGAUCUUGGUUGUAUAUGUAUAAAUUAGUAAGUAGGGCAAUGAAACCCAGCUGAUAUUGCUAGUGAUGAAGUCUGAGGGUUAAGCUUGAUAUAUUUGUAAGUUAUGCAUGCACUUUUGUGUGUGUAUGUGUGGGAGUGUAAAAUGCCUUUUUUGGGGUAAUCAUCUUUGUGAAAGAUGUUAGUCAGAUUUACAGAUGAAUAGACAAUUACAUACAAUUAAUCUAUUUCCCUGACACUCACAACUUGAGAGCAAACACUACAACAGAACAACAUUGUAUUCUGCUCAACAGAGUAACAAUGUUAUUUGUUAACACUUUGAUUGCUUUUAAACUUUAUGAGAUGUUAGGUAAUGAGAUGUUAGGGUGCAAGUUAAGAGAGUAAUUUUAAAGAUGUGCCAGGCAACAACAAAAGUGAUGGAUAAUUCAAGAUUUUUUUUCAAGUAUCUUUAGUUACAUUUUCUUCAAUAAAAUUGUAUAAAGAUAUUCAGUUAAGUUGUGCCAUAUUGGUAUUAGCAGUGAAAAGGACAAUACAGUUACAUUCUUCAUCAGGUAAGGAUGUGAAUGAUAUAAAACUCAGCUCAUAGAUGCAACAGGCCUCUGUAAAUGAUGUACUGUUAUUUUAUUAUGAAAUAGGUUGUUUUGUUAUUUGACUUUUGAAUGAAGAUGUCCCCCAAGUCAAGAGUGAAGUGAUGAUGUUCCUUUUCUGAAAGGUGACAAUCUGCAUGCCCAGUUAGGCAUUUGUGUGGGUUGUAUUGGUUCCGGAGAAUACUAUGGGUUUAAUUUUUAUGUGCAGCCUUCUUGUCUGGGAUUGCAAUUAAAUAAACCUCUCUCUCUCUCUCUCUCUCUCUCUCUCUCUCUCUCUCUCUCUCUCUCUCUCUGAGGUUUAAGUCAACUCCAUUACUCUAUUUUAAGGUUUCUAAAACUUCUAUUGUGUUAUAUUAUGAAGAAGAUUGUUAUGAAAUUGAGUAGAUAAAUAAAUCAACCAGAAAUUUU